AUGUUGAAACUUCAGCUUCCUCUGGUGUGGUCAGACGCAGCUUUUCCUCAUGUGGAUCCAGCCAGACUUCAGUACUUUGAAUACGAGUCCAUCCAUUUUAGCUGUGCGGGGUUUGAUGGGUCUCGUGGAUGGACAGUGAUGAAAAAGAUCCCAAAUCAAAACAGCACAUGUGGCACCAGCUGGGGAGCCUUAAAUGGGUCCCACUGCAGCAUCACCAAUACCUACGUAGACGACAGUGGAGAGUACUGGUGUCGGACUGAAGACGGAAGGACAGGCAACACUGUCAACAUCACUGUUACAGCUGGCUCAGUGAUCCUGGAGACUCCCGUCCCUCCUGUGAUGGAGGGAGACACUGUGACUCUACGCUGCAGGAACAAGACAGCUUCUGCCAACAUCUCUGCUUCCUUCUAUAAAGAUGGCCGCCUCAUCCAGAACGUCUCUGCAGGAAACCUGACCAUCCACAGUGUGUCCAAGUCUGAUGAAGGACUGUACAGGUGUCUCAUCUCUGGAGGUGGAGAGUCAGCAGAGAGCCGGCAAACUGUCACAGGUGAGACAUUAACCUGA